UUGGGCCAUUUUUUUUACCUUUCCUCACUUCUUCGUCUCCUUCUCUCUCUCCCUCUCUAACAAUUUAAUCUUCUAUCUUUAGCGAAGACCCAAAAAAUUUCCAACCAAUAAUCAAGACUCAGUUUUGAAUGUGUGUUUGUGUUCCUCGUAAUCUCAGUAGCUGAGUUGUUUGAGAAAAAAGAAAGAAGAAAAAUUGGCAGGGAAUGGCUCAGGCAGUGGAAGAAUGGUACAAGCAAAUGCCUAUCAUCACCCGUUCGUAUCUCACGGCUGCUAUUGUCACCACCAUCGGUUGCUCCCUUGAUAUAAUAUCACCUUAUAAUUUGUACUUGAACCCUAAUCUAGUGAUCAAGCAAUAUCAGUUAUGGCGUCUCGUUACCAAUUUCUUGUAUUUCCGGAAAAUGGACUUGGACUUUAUGUUUCACAUGUUCUUUCUAGCUCGAUACUGCAAACUCCUUGAAGAGAACUCAUUCAGGGGAAGGACAGCCGAUUUCUUUUACAUGCUCUUAUUUGGUGCCACUGUUUUAACUGGAAUUGUUCUUGUUGGGGGAAUGAUACCGUACUUGUCGGAGUCAUUUGCAAAAAUUAUAUUCCUUAGCAAUUCCCUGACAUUCAUGAUGGUCUAUGUGUGGAGCAAGCAAAAUCCUUUCAUCCAUAUGAGUUUUUUGGGCCUUUUUACUUUCACAGCCGCUUACCUACCAUGGGUUCUUCUGGGAUUCUCUGUACUUGUUGGCGCUAGUGCAUGGGUGGAUCUAUUGGGAAUGAUUGCUGGUCAUGCCUACUAUUUUCUUGAAGAUGUGUAUCCACGAAUGACAGGUCGCCGGCCUUUGAGAACUCCCUCAUUUAUUAAAGCGCUAUUUGCGGAUGAGCCUGUUGUAGUGGCACGGCCUGGGAAUGUGAGAUUUGCUGCUCCUGCUGCAGAUGAUGUUCUCCAAGGUUAAUCAGGAGUUAGUAUCACUGGAAAACCCGAUUUGCUAAUUGCUAGCAUCAACAAAAAUACAGCUGGCUGUGUAUUAUAUUAAAGUAUACUCCGAUUUGCUAAUUGCUUUUUUUGUGCAUUUGUGUUUAAUUUAAGGUUUAGCAAACGAAUGAUCAAAGGUUUUACUGAAAUUGCCAAAGAUUUAUCCUUUUUAUUU